GACCCCCGCCCCGCCGCCGCCUCCGCCCGCCCCCAGGAAGAGAAACAAAACAAAACCCCGGCACCGCCACGCUCUCCCUCCUGCUCCUCCUGGCAUUCGGUGGCGGCUACCUUUUCGUGGUUUUUCUUUUUUCUUUUUCUUCUUUUUUUUUUUUCUUUUUCUUUUUCUUUUUUUUUUUUUUUUUUCCUUGGGGAUUCUCCUUUCUCCUGCCAGACUGACUUGCACCUCUCGAUAAUUUCUCUUCCCCUUGUUUUUUAUACUCUUCUCCCUGCUUCCAAACCCUGUGUCUGUGUGUUUCAGUACUAUCACAACCUCUGCUAAAAAUAGAUCUUUUUAUAUACCCUUCCUCCUCUCUGACCCCAUCCAACACCCCUUGUUAAGGGAACCAUCUUAAACCCAGGGCAAGAAACAUAAAGUCACUUGGCUGUCCCUUAUCUCUAAGGGCACCUGAUGCAUAAGUGGACUAGAGAAAGGAAAGAAAGAAAACCUCCAAAGACCUACAGAUCAUCUUGCUGGCAGGAACGUACUUACAUCUUUAGAUUUCUUCCUUGAAACCACAGAGUGACUGCACAAACUCACCAACAACCACAAGCUUUUAAAAAUAUCACCGGUCUUCUGACAAGUUACUUAGUCUUCUUGUUCAGCUGCUGCCUGUUCCUGCUUCCCAUCCCUAAGGCUUGGUCGUCUGCUUAGCUACCCCUCCUUUGGGAUGGUUCCAUGUAUUGCUGAAAUGACAGAUGUGCUGUGAGUUGAUUAAGUGAAGAGAAAAAAAAAAACAAAAAAACACAACGAAGUUGUUUCCAAGUAUUGAAGAUACAAGGCCAGGAUGAACCCGAAGGACUCAAAAGUGUCUGAAGGAGGUCUCAAUGUCACACUUACCAUACGCCUUCUCAUGCACGGCAAGGAGGUUGGAAGCAUUAUUGGAAAGAAAGGUGAGACAGUUAAGAAGAUGCGGGAGGAGAGUGGGGCUCGAAUCAAUAUUUCUGAAGGCUCCUGUCCAGAAAGAAUUGUGACCAUAACAGGCCCAACAGAUGCAAUUUUUAAAGCUUUUUCUAUGAUUGCACUAAAAUUUGAAGAGGACAUUAAUGCUUCAAUGACAAACAGCUCAGUGACAAGCAAGCCACCUGUAACACUUCGGCUUGUCGUGCCAGCAAGUCAGUGCGGAUCCCUUAUAGGAAAAGGAGGCUCCAAAAUCAAAGAAAUCAGGGAGUCCACAGGAGCCCAGGUGCAAGUAGCAGGGGAUAUGCUGCCAAACUCAACGGAGCGUGCAGUCACUAUCUCAGGCACUCCCGAUGCCAUCAUCCAGUGUGUGAAACAGAUAUGCGUGGUCAUGCUGGAGUCCCCACCCAAAGGUGCCACCAUCCCCUACCGUCCCAAACCUGCCUCUGCACCUAUCAUUUUUGCAGGUGGCCAGGUAAGAGCAGACACCAUUUUGGCUUCAGCUGGAAACCACACCGUCUUGGCCCAACCUCAGCCAGCGCCUGCGUUUACAAUUCAGGGGCAGUAUGCCAUCCCUCAUCCAGACGUGAGUCCAGCACAUUUGACCAAGCUUCACCAGUUGGCUAUGCAGCAUCCCCCCUUUACUCCCCUUGGGCAGACCACCCCUGGUUUCCCUGGACUGGAUGCCACUUCUCCAACCAGUUCCCAUGAACUUACUAUUCCCAAUGAUCUAAUAGGCUGCAUUAUUGGCAGACAAGGCAGUAAGAUAAAUGAAAUCAGGCAGAUGUCAGGAGCGCAGAUCAAGAUUGCUAAUGCCACAGAAGGCUCUGCAGAACGACAAGUUACAAUCACAGGAUCCCCUGCAAACAUCAGCUUAGCACAGUACCUCAUAAAUGCAAGCUUAGAGAUGGCUAAAGUCAGCACCCAGACCGCUUCCGUCACGACCCCUGUUGACCUCAACAUGAACCUCUCUCAGUCUGCCACCCCUACCUCCACCCCCACCUCCAUGGCCGUGCUGGCGGCCGCCUCCGCCGUUACCGUCAGUACCCCCCCUCCCCUACCAACUCUGCCAACCACCCACUAUGCCGUUCCUGUCUCCAGUCUGCUUGGCAUGAAAACUGUCCCACUCCUGGCACUAAAUGCCGCGGCUGCCGCGGGGGCCACGGGGAAUUUGUCCGCUUACACUGCCAAAAUUCCUUCGACGAGCGGGGUUAAGAAAUCUGACCGCCAGAAGUUUGCUCCAUAUUGAAGGGAUGAGACACAAUGCAAGCUCUGCCAGCUCUACCAAGAGUCUGUGGUAGAUCCUAGUAAUCAAGGAAACAAUAUGGCAUCUUUUUCUUUUCUGUUCAGUUGCUAGUGUUAAUGUUGCCACCUCCAACCGUCUUCCACUUGCCAUAACGACUAACACCCAGGCGCCCGGCAGCAACUAGUUCCAACAGCUGCGCAGGGCCCUGCAGGCCCCGUCAUUCCCCCGCCCGCAGGGGCAGCAAGCCACGCUUCUGGGGCUGAAACAGACCUGUGAACAAUUGGAAGACAAUGAGGAAAAAAAUAUAGUAGCGCCUUAAGCUUUUCUUAGAAAUUUUCUCUGGUUCAGGGAACCGUAAUUUGGAGAAAUAAACGCAGGAAGGGAGAACAGACCUUUUUUUUUUUUUCUCUUUGACAUGUGACUCUUCCAAAUUACCAGUAAUUGCUCCUGUAGCUGCUUGAGAGCAGGUACACACCAGCCCUCUGCCACCUCCCUACCUACAGGUCCGAAGUGCAGUCCCAUGCCACGCACCAUCCAGCCCCAGCAUACAUGCUGCAGAACUUGCUGAAACCAGCAGAAUAAAUCCCGUGACCUCAAGGGGUGCAGACUUUGUUCAACCAAAGUUUCGUUCAGUUUUCCCGUAGGUUUCUGUAAAACAUUAAUUCCUAAUAAGGUCUUCAAAUUGCACUGUAGUUAUCAUAGAAUGGUUUGGGUUGGAAGGGACCUGUAGCUCAUGCAGUCCCAACCCCCUGCUAUAGGCAGGGACACCUCCGUCUAGACCAGGUUACUCAAAGCCCCAUCCAGUCUGGCCUUGAAUGCUUCCAGGGAGGAGACAUCCACAAGCUCACUGGGCAACCUGUUAUUACAGUGUCUCACCACACUCACAGUACAGAAUUUCUCUCAAAUAUCUAAUUUAAAUCUACCCUCUGCCAGUUUAAAGCCAUUUCCCCUCAUCCUGUAGCUGUGCAUCUAGUGCACAUCAAAUGACAUUCAAAGAUUGCUGCCUAGAUAGAUAGCAUCCCUUCCCAAGAAUUACAUCCAGAUUAUUUAAGUCAGAAGCCCAAUUGCAGCCAAGUUGAAGAGAGCUGGGUGAUGUAAUGGCUGGUUGCUAGCUGUUGGAACUAGUUUUUAACUGCAUUUUCUGUUUGUCCAUCCACCUUCUUUUUAAUUUCUGCUGCAUAACUCAGUAAUGCAAUAUUGUUUUCCUCACCACUUCCAAACCCAGAAUCCCAUUAGCCCGCCACAUUCAUCCACUUUGCACUCCUUGGACACAAAGCUUUAACAAUUGAACUGUAUUCAGUGCAUUUUAAUAUAAACUAAAAACACAGUGCAAAUGCAAUACUUUUUAAAACAUGGUAUUUCAAAGUGUGUUAUUAUUAUUGUAUAGGGCUAAGUACUAUUUCAGCAUUUUGUGUCAUUUCUGUAUUUUGUGGGCUUUUCUUCACCUUUAGGAACUUUGCACUAAGUUGUGUCACUGUAACUGUUUGUAGAAUUGCCACUGUUACAGGUUGCACUUAUCCAGAUGGGGUUUUUGGUUGUUUGAGUUGUGUUGGGUUUUUGGUGGUUUUUUUUUGGUUGGAUUUUUUUUUUUUUUUUUUAAAUAUAAUUGAAAAUAAUGUCAAGGUACCUCAGCUAUUUCACAGCUCUAGAAAAACGCUGUAAAACUGUUCCGAACUGUUGUAACUGUUCCAAUAACUGACAUUUGAAAAAAAAAACAAAAACAAAACCAACACAACCUGUGUGAGAAAACCUGCCUGCAUUGAAAUGCUGUUCUAUGCUGGUUGUACUCAAGUGUUAUUUUUUUAAUAGUGAGAAGAUUUUUUUUUCUUUUUCUUUUUCUUUUUCUUUUUUUUCCUCUUUUUUUUCAUUUUUUUUUCUUUUCCUCAUUUUUGU